UAUCACAGUAAUCUUCUACACCCAUGUCAGUGGUUUAUAGUCAUUCUCAAUUUUUAUAUGUAUAUUAUAUUAAGUUGUAAAUAAUUAUUGUACUUGCAAAUUUAUUAAAAUGCCGGAAGUAGUACUGUUCAUUUUAUUACGUUUAUUUCUUCCAUCGACAUUAAUAUUCGCUACGUUAUCACGGCCAAUCGCCUUUUCGUUGAUUUAUCUGCUUAUGUUCUUCACAUCACCGUGGCUAUUGCAAACUCAAAGCUCGUCUCAGCAAAAAAUAUUGAAAAAAUUUCUUUUGUUUUAUUGUAUAACUAGUGCUAUAUUUGCCAUUAGCCAUGUAGUAGUAAAUUUUUUCAAUGUAUUCAUUCCCUAUUUGACGCCAGAAAGUCCACUCACAUAUAUUCUACUUCAAAUUGGAUUCGUGCGAUUCGCUGGACUGCAGGCUAUUGCAGUAUUCCAUUGGAUUGUACCAGAUAUACUAAUUUUUAUUACAGCGUUGAUAAUACUGGUAUUAACCAAAUUGUUUAAAAAGAAAGAAAAAGCUUCAUCCCAAGAUGAAGAUGAUGACGAAUAUAGAGAUGUGUCAAGCUUGCGCUAUUCAGACAUGAAUCGUAUUCUUAUAGUUGCCUACAUUCGAUCUGUGGUAAAAACAUCUCCAGUUUUCACACUUCUUGUACUCUAUGGAGCUGCUAUCUUAAGGCCAUCGUUGCCUGGCAGCAUAUAUUUCAUGUUAUUUCUUAUAGCUGGCACAUAUUGGGCUAUCUAUAAAAAAUUAUAUUGUUUGCAGAAUAUACUGAUCGUCGUUGCCAUAUUGCUAUUUUUGCAAAUCAUUGGUUUUGUGUUGUAUCAGUUGCCAAUCAUACAGAAAUACUGGGAUGGCGAAUCAGUAUGGACGCGAGUAAUGGGCUACGAAGCUCUAUUCGUGAUGUCUCAUCAAGAUGAGAAUGGCCUAGUAUUAAAACUAAAUAAUAAGCUGCAUUUCGAUUCAUAUAUGUGUAUAAUUGCUUUAAUGUGGGCAUACUUUGUUCUCUUAAUUAACAUUAUACAUCAUGAACGAAGCAAACUAUUUUUCAACAUAAUGCGAAGGAAAAUUACAUCAAAACACGAGAAUCAUACAUCUUCAAUAUACCGACAAUCCGGCUCAAGUGAGGCUGGAACACCUGGUCCAAAGCCGUCCACUCUGGAACAGUUCUUUUAUUUGAUUUGUGAUCUGACGACUUUCAUAUACAAGAAUAGCUAUAUACUGCUCAACAUAAUUAUGAUGAUCUGGUCAAUUAUUUAUCAUAGCUGGUUGACUUUCGUCUUACUCAUUUGGGCAAAUAUCUUGUGGAUGAUACCCAACCAGCGUCGAUCCAUGAUGCGCUCCAGUUUCUUUGUUGUGCUGUAUGCUGAAUUUCUAAUUAUUUCACAAUAUAUAUAUGGCAUGAAUAUAUAUGAAACAGAGCUACCCACAAAGAUUUACGGAUUGAAUCUUGUUCAAAUUGGAUGUGUUCAUCCGCGAGAUAGCGGAGUUCAACCGUGUGUUCCGUUGAGCGUGAAGACAUGUUUUCUAUUUAUAUUCUGGAUAACAUCGCACCAAUACUUUAAAGAGAAGGCUGAGGAUAAAGUCGAAAAUGACAUUUUACAAUAUGUGUUUGGACCGCGACACUCGCACUCCGAUCACACAUUAUUCGAAAAGUCAAGGGCUCCGCGAGCAAUCAUAUUCAUUUUCGAAAGUGUUUCGAAUUUUGUGACACGCAUCUGGAUGUGGCUGUUGAUAAUAUUAAUAUUUCUUUGUGCCAUGAUCGAUCAAGUCAUGACUGGGUUCCGCAUCUGCUACAUGUCACUAUUCCUCCUGUUUCUUAUGGUCUUUCAGAUGUCCUUGCAGCUGUGGAUAAAGUUCUUAUACGGAUAUUGGAUGUUUGUGAUAUUCUAUGCGAUGACUAUACUAACUAUUAUAUACACCUAUCAGUUCGACUAUUUUGACCACUAUUGGGAGACAUAUCUGAAUGUUCAGCCUAACUUGCAAAAUGAUAUAGGCCUGCGUCGUUAUCGCACAAAGGAUCUCUUUUUACAUUUGCUUGUCCCAACAUUGACAGUUAUUUUUACGGUCGUUCAACUGCAUUAUUUUCACGGGCGUUUUAUAGAGUCGUUACGUCAACCAAAGCCAAUCGAUGACUCAACUCGAAGCUCUCGAGCGCAGUUUAGCAUAUAUCGCAGCCAUCAUCAGUCUAGCAACGUGUCCCGCAGGUUAUCAAAAUGGAAGCUUAUGUACGGGCGAAUACGUCUCAAGAUUCGUCGAUGGUUCCGUCCCUGCAAAUCAGUUGCAUGGCGCUUCCUUGAGAUCCACAUGAUUAAGGCAGUUAUAUUGACAACUUUUACUUGUGCCAUUUCAGAGAUUUGCUGCUUCAACCUAUUUUUAGUUGUGCUAUCACUUAUGAGCGUGGGCGUAAGUCCGUUGUUUCGGCGCGCGAUCUUUCGCAUUGUGACAUUUUGGAUCUCGGUUUUAAUUCUGAUGAAGAUGAUCUAUCAAAUAAAAUAUUUGGACCACUCGAAAUACGAUUAUUUAUGUCAAAACCAAACAAUUAAUUUUGCCGAUUGGAUUGGUCUGCGAAAAACUGAACAGGUUUGGGGCUCGCUAUUGCGUUAUAUAGCACCGUAUACCGUCUAUAUGGUCGUGACUACAAUGCAUGCCGUAGUCAAAUUGCGGGAUCAUUUACUACGACUCUCGAUGGGUGUGAUUACAGAUCACACAGUUCUUUUCCCUGGGAUAACUCGGCAAGAUGCUGAAAACAAUUUUCCCGGGCUUAUAAAGUAUCUUUGUAACUAUGGAUACUUUAAGUUUGGGUUGGAAAUCACGUUAAUUGGCCUAGUCUCGACCAUAGUCCAUCGAUGUGACUUGCUUUCGGUGACAUAUAUCCUUUGGCUUCUAAUUCUACUGUGUCUGACGCGUUUACAGUGCGCUCGCAUUUGGUAUAUUUUCCAGCUCUAUUUUAUUCUUUCGAUCUUUGUGCAGUAUUUGUAUCUGAUACACUAUCCACCAAAUCUCUGCAAAGAUUCAUCAGUAAAAAUGACGAAUUCGAAGGAGUGGAGUAAUCCAAAUUUCGAUCAACUUUUGGACACUCCAAUCAAAUCGAAACUUUUCUUAGAUUUUGUUGUACUUAUGUUGAUUUCCCGCCAGAGAAAGGCAUUCAAAAUAGAAAUUCGUCAAGACAACAUAUCUUAUCCCGGCGGAGAUAAUAAGAAUAUUAUUCACAAUAUUGCUAAGCUGGGACACGUUUACUUCAGGAAUCCAACGCAUGACUUUUGUUCGUUCGUUCGCAACUAUUCAGAUGUAUUUAAGACCAUUAUAUUCUGCAGCUUCCUCUGGAUCACGCUUGCCGUCAUAUUUAUGGGCGGUGUGUGCAGCAUGGAUAUGCUAUCAUUAGGCUAUUUGAUUUUUGCCUUGGUAUUUAUGCUGAAAGGGUCGGAAGUGUACUUGCAAAAUAUUUACGACAUCUCCUGUCGCUGGAGCUUUCUCAUUGCGUUCAAUGUAUUCAACAUAGUUAUCAAAGUCUGCAUAAUUGUACUUGGAAAUAUGAUGGAUAUCAAAGAUAAAAAAGACUAUCAGAGUUUGUUUGCAGUCAUGCAGUAUGAUACUAAUUUACCGCGUCAUGAAAAGUACAACCAAACUCAAAACUUCGACAGUUACUAUUAUGGUCCAAGCAGCUUCAUCUUUAAGAACCAUCUGGUCUGGCAUGCGAUCAUUUUUGCUUUUCUCAUCUGCCAAUAUCGUAUAUUUGGAUCCUACUAUUUCUGUCACAUCGUAAUGGAUACUCAAGCCAAUACAGUUUUAGCCUCUCGUGGUGCCAUCAUUAUUGAAAAUUUGCAUUAUAAGCAAAUCUAUGAUCGACGAGAGUACGAAAAGAACGUGCUUGAAAGAGUAAAGGUGAAGAUGGAAUUAAUCAGGGCUAGCAAUAGAAAAUCAUAUAAAAGGGGAAAGACACAUGCGGUAACACAGCAUCCGGAAAUCCAUCCGCGAGAGCAGUUUAUUUCUAAGGAGCACUUAACUUCUGUGGACGAUAUGAAUAGUAUAUGGUCUUCCCAACAAGCGACCCAACCAACACCGACGAAGCUGCGGGACUUGCGCCUUCAUCCUCAUGCUGUGCGAACUGGAGACUACUACAUGUUUGAGGAACAAAAUGAUAUUGAUGAUCCAGUGCUGUAUGAAGAGUAUGAUUUUCUAGAGAAACAGGAUAGGCGCGCACGUGAAUACCUUUUAUCUUAUAGGAAAAAAAAGGAACACACAACACCACAAGGCAACAAGUAUAGCUCGGACACAGAGAUUGAGUUUGGCAGAAAUCCUGUGGCGAAACUUAUGACUGAUCUUAUCCUGCUCCUGACGUUUCGGCUGAACCGGUUAUCCCGAAACUAUCGAUUCGUCCAUAAAGUUCUUUCGGCCGAGAAGAAGACUUUGCAGGACAUUAGUACAAUGAAUCGGCUUGGACUGGUCAAUACUGCAGCAAUGUUUAGCUUCUUAAAUCAAUCCCUCUACGAUAGGCAGUUGACCGCAAUCAACUCUCCAGUAAGAGAAUCGAGGUUUCGUCUCAGAGCAAAGAGCGAUAAUUUCACUUCCCUGGAUCACAAUUAUUGCGUGCAAUUGUUGAUUUCCUUUUGGUAUGCGAUUAUUGCCAAUACAGAGGUGGUUUGCUAUCUGGCCGUGUGCGUGAAUCAAGCUGCAAAUUCCUCAAUAAUUUCACUGCCGAUGCCAUUCCUCGUUCUUUACUGGGGUGCGCUCACACUGCCUCGUCCCACAAAGACUUUCUGGGUCACUCUCAUAACUUACACGCUGGCAAUGAUCUUUUUCAAGUGCAUAAUGCAUCAGAAAAUUGUCCUUGACCCGAAGCUUGUCCAAAUGGCCAAGACAACUGAUUUUGAGCUGUUCUCAAAGCACGGCAAGGCUAUCUAUGACCUUUUGCUAUUGGUUGUGCUUUUCUGGCAUCGAUACAUGCUGAAGAAGCAGGGAAUUUGGAAUAUGCCCCGAUCCGAAACGGAGUUAACCACCAAAGUUAGCAAAACUUUUGUCAGAGAACGACCAACUGAUAUACUGAGGAAACUGAGGGAAGAGUCUGGCAGUGAACAACGAAACAAUUCUACCGAUAGUGCGAAUACAGCCGAACUAGAACGUGAUAUAAACGACUUAUUACGACCUGGCAACGAAAAUAAAUAUGUUUACCGAAACAUUGAAUCUGAGUAUUAUCGCAAUGGCAUGAAAAACUUUGAGUACAAAGGUGGAUUUAUAUCUCAAAUAAAGGAAUUCUUUCUCGCUUUACUCCACAAGGCGCGCCUGUCGACCGAUGUGUAUACAUUGCUGUUCUUAUGCGACUUUAUAAACUUUUUCGUUUUGUUAUUUGGAUUCCCUAAGUUUGUGUAUCGCCACAAAUACAGUACCAGUGUGUUGGAGACGUAUAUUCAAGGAAACAAGGUACCCUUUAGCUUCCUCUUCAUGCUCGUGGUGCAGUUUUUAACGAUUGUUGCGGAGCGUGCAAUAUACUUGCGCAAAGCUUUGGUUAUCAAAAUUGUGUUCCAUUUCGUUACGGUUGUCGGCAUACAUAUAUGGAUGUUCUUUUUGGUGCCCUAUGUUACGUCGCACAGUUUCGGAGCUACGGCACCAACUGUGUUUUAUCUGAUCAAGUGCUUGCACAUGAUAUUCUCAGCUUAUCAGAUGCGCUGCGGUUAUCCCAAGCGCAUUUUGGGAAAUGUUUUCACAAAGAGCUUUUCCAUGGUCAACUAUGUGGUGUUUAAAGUAUAUAUGGAAAUCCCAUUUCUCUACAUUUUACGCACAAUGCUGGACUGGCUGUGCAUCGAAACUACGCUUACUGUUAUGGAGUGGAUCAAGAUGGAAGAUAUUUUUCAAUCUGUAUUUAUUGUGCGCUGCUACAGGCAAAUGGAUGCGGACUUUCCAGUUUUACGGGGAAAGCCUAAGGCAUUCUAUGUCAAGUGUUUAAUUGGCGGAACAAUAAUUUUAAUAUUGAUCACUCUCAUAUGGAGUCCGUUAUUUCUAUUCGCUCUGGUCGGCACGGUCGGAAAACCGAAUGUUCCUCGCAGAGCAGAUGUUUCCGUUAAAAUUGGGCACUAUGAACCAAUUUAUGUUUCCCAAAGUUACUCCGGUAUCCAGCAGCUUUCGGAGCAUAAUUAUAGAAAGCUACUUAGAAACUUCAAUUUUGAUAUACUGGCCACUGAUCACAUCAUGAUAUAUGAUCCCGUUGAUAUUACGUCCGUAAAGUUUGACGCCAACUCUGUGACGUUGUGGGACAUGUCACCACCUGAUAAGAAGCGGCUGCUGAAUGACCUAAUAUCAGGCAAGGAAAUGGAUAUCCGCUUAAAAUUGUCCUUCAAUAGCGGCGUCAUGACUGAAACGGUAUUGUAUGAGACAACAUACACCCUAAUGAGGAACAAAGAAAGGACACGUGAAAUGCUGAUAAGAGCAAUAUCCGAUGACAAUAGCAAAGACGACGUUGUUGUGCCUGACAUAUUACCCAAAUUCAUUACAGUCCAAAAAAUGAAGGUAUUUGUUAGAUUUAUUAAAGAUUUUGAUGGUAAAUUUUAUAGGCCAAUAAUAUUGAAGAAAAAAAAAGGUGAAGGUAAAGUUUGGUGGGAAAUGCAUGACUACUGCUCGGAUAAGUUCUACAAAAACAUUCUUGCUAACCUUCCAUCUAGUGACUGUAAAGAUGGUAUAGUUUUUUAUAUAUUUAAUGAUAAAUCGUUCCCAUCCACUAUGAGUUUUCUAGAAAAAACUGGUAUUAUUGGUCUGUAUACAACAUGUGUGUACGUUGUGUCCCGCCUAAUAAGAUCACUGAUAGCCAACAAUCAUCGACGACUAAUGUUUGAGGAUUUACCGUAUGUAGACCGAAUAUUGCAGCUGUGUAACGAUAUCUACUUAGUGCGGGAGACCAAAGAGUAUCGCUUGGAAGAAGACUUAUAUGCCAAACUCCUAUUUCUCUAUAGAUCCCCGGAAACUCUUAUCAAGUGGACUCGAUACAGGGAGGAGUUUAUAGAUGAAAUGCCAUCUUCAGGAAACAACCGCGAAAGCGACCAGCCUAUACCUCCAAAUCCCAAUACCAGAGAUCAGCCAUCUCAAACGCCCUCGCGCAUAUAGUUGCAACUGUUAUUAUUCAAUAAAUAUUAAAAGGUAUAUUAAAAAAGGACAUAACGUAUUUA